UUAUUAUUAUAUGUCCAUCAGACAUCAACAUUGGAAAAUCCAUUGGUAUUAUUUGGUAUUAUUUGUAACUGAGAAAGAGGAUAAUUAAUUAUAGAUUUGUUGGCAUAAAAUAAUUAAUAAUGCCACAAAAUGAGUAUAUUGAGCGUCAUAGAAAGCUCUAUGGACGUAGACCAGAUUAUGAAGAAAGAAAACGUAAACGUGAAGCUCGUGAACCUCAUAGAAGAGCAGCACAAGCACGUAAUCUACGUGGUAUUAAAGCAAAGAUAUUUAAUAAAGAAAGAAGAAAUGAAAAAAUACAAAUGAAAAAGAAAAUAAAAGCACAUGAACAGAAAAAAGUUAAAGAAACAACAGAACCAAUUCAAGAUGGUGCAUUACCAGCAUAUUUACUUGAUCGUGGUAUCACAAAUCGUACAAAAGUAUUGUCAAAUAUGAUUAAACAAAAAAGAAAAGAAAAAGCUGGUAAAUGGGAUGUACCAAUACCAAAAGUUAAAGCACAAUCAGAAGCUGAUGUAUUUAAAGUUGUUAAAACUGGUAAAUCAAAUAGAAAAGCAUGGAAAAGAAUGGUAACAAAAGUUACAUUUGUUGGUGAAAAUUUCACAAGAAAACCACCAAAGUUUGAAAGAUUUAUCAGGCCAAUGGCACUACGUUUUAAGAAGGCUCAUGUUACUCAUCCAGAGCUUAAAGCAACAUUUCAAUUGCCAAUUAUUGGAGUUAAAAAAAAUCCAAGCUCAGCAAUGUACACAACACUUGGUGUUAUCACUAAGGGAACUGUAAUUGAAGUUAAUAUUUCGGAAUUGGGUCUUGUUACACAAUCUGGAAAAGUUGUAUGGGGAAAAUAUGCACAAGUUACAAAUAAUCCAGAAAAUGAUGGUUGCAUAAAUGCUGUCCUUUUAGUCUAGAUCUUCAACUAUCAAUUUAAAAAAAAAAAAAAGAACCCAUUAGGA